CCGGUCGCCGCCGCCCGAUCGCGCGGUUCGGUUCCGCCAUGGCGGCGGCGGGCGGCGGCGGCCCCGGGGGCUCUGCCGGGGGGGGCCGAGCGCUGCAGAGCGCCAUGAGGGCGGCGAGCGGAGCCCUGGAGAUGGACAGCGCCGGGCGGGCGCGGGAGGCCUACAUAGAGUACCUGAAGAGCAUCGCCCUCAUCGCCCAAGCGCUGCAGGAGGAGGCAGCGGGGACAGACGGAUCCCUUGGAGGUGAUCUCACUCCUGACACUCCGAAGAUGCUGAAGCUGGCAGAGCAGUGCCUGGAGAGAGUCAAGUCUAUUGCAGCGGCACUGGGGAAGGCCCAGGCAAAACCGGCUGCACAGGAGCGUAGCCGUGGUGCUGCUCCCCUACCCAGGCACCGCAGGGUCUUCUCAGAUGAGGGGGGCAAGCUCUCUCCCUUCCUGCCACCGGAGAUCUUCCAGAAGCUGCAGAUCGCUGAGGCACAGAGCGCGCGGAACAGGGAGCUGACGCCACUGGAGGAGGCAUCUCUGCAGAACCAGAAGCUGAAGGCUGCGUACGAGGCACGAGUGGCACGGCUGAACCCCAGCCAGGCCGUGCAGAAGACCUCCCUGACGCUGUCCCUGCAGCGCCAGAUGAUGGAGAACCUGGUGAUCGCAAAGGCCCGGGAGGAAACUCUGCAGCGGAAAAUGGAGGAGCGGCGGCUGCGGCUGCAGGAGGCUGCCAACAGGAGGUUCUCCAGCAGCGUGGCACUCACCCCUGAGGAGCAGGAGCAGAGGGCUCUCUAUGCUGCCAUCCUUGAGUACGAGCAGGAUCAUGACUGGCCGAGGCAGUGGAAGGCCCGGCUGAAGCGGAGCCCAGCAGACCUCUCCCUGGUGUCAGGGCUCUUCUCCUGCCUCCUCAGCUUCCCUGACCACCCCAUUGCUCAGCUCCUGCGGCAGCUGCAGUGUGCAGUGUACGCCCGCCUCUACCCGGCCGUCAGCCACGGCACGGCUGAUGCCGCCCCUGCCUCCCCCACCGGCCUCUCCUUCCUCUCGCUGGACAUGGGGGGCUCGCUGCCUGUGGAGCCGGGGGGCCGCAGGCUCCGAGCAUCCCGCAGCCUCCACUGCAUGUUCUCGGUGCCCGAGCAUGGCACGGCUGGGUUGCGGCACAGCCUGUCCAGCACGCCCCUUGCCGAUGGCAGCCCCAGCACGCCAAGGGCAGAGGGCAGCUGGCCGGGGCCGGUGGCAGCCCCCCAGACCCCCCGAGAGAGCUCCUUCGAGGACCUGGAGCGGUUCCUGGCGUCGCCUGAGGUCUGGGCUCCAGGGGAACCCCCAGCUGUUCCCGGGAAGGAGGCGGCGCUGCCAGAACAGCUGAAGGGCAUCGUGCGGGACAUCCACAAUGCUAUCGACAGGCUGCUGUCCCUGACGCUGCUGGCCUUCGAGGGGUUGAACACCGCUGCUGGCAAGGACCAGUGCCUGGCCUGCCUGGAGGAGGCUUUCUUCCCGCCGCUCUGGGCACCACUGCUGGCCCUCUACAGGAGCGUGCAUCGGCCCCGUGAGGCAGCCCUGGCUCGCAGCAUGGAGCGGCACCGGCAUGCCAGCCCUGCCGACAUGGGGCUGUCCUCACGGCUCUUCCCCCUGACCCCCGGCUGCCCUGCAUACGGCUCCGCCAUCGAGGACCUGCGCCUCAUCCCACUGGAGACCUGUCCCCGCAGGAAGCUGGAGUGCAUCGUGCGAGCCCUGCGUGGCAUCUGCGAGUGUGCCGAGGAAUACUGUGGCACCCAGGAUGGCCGGGCCCCCACCUCGGCUGCCAUCGGAGCAGACGACCUGCUGCCCAUUCUGUCCUACGUGGUGCUGCAGACGGGGCUGCCCCAGCUGCUCUCUGAGUGCGCUGCCAUGGAGGAGUUCAUCCAUGAGGGGUACCUGAUCGGGGAGGAGGGGUACUGCCUGACGUCCCUGCAGAGCGCCCUGUCCUACGUGGAGUCCCUGCAGUGAGGAGGUGGCACCGGCGGACCCCAGCCCGCGCCCACCGGCAGGAUGUGUGCGGGCUCGGCUCGGCGGCAGGAGCGCGGGCGGCAGGGCCCGGACGAAUACCGGGAGGAGUACCGGCGCUGCCUCGAGCGCGCCUUCCACCGGGGCCGCGCCGGGGCCUGCGCCGAUCACGCCUUCACGGA